CAUAAAUAACUUGUUCAUAAUAUUAUUGAAUAAUUGAGUUACAUUAACUGCGCUUUGUUACCAAUUACUGCGUAGUAUUACAUCAAAAUGUGGUUUUUAGUAAUAUUCCCUGUGUUGAUAAUAACAUUAUACAAGGUACGAAAGAUCUACACCUACUGGAAAGGCCGAGGGGUACCUUAUUGCGUGCAUCCCUUGCAUUGUUUCGGACUGUUUAGUGAAAACGCACUCCGGAUCAAUUGUUAUUCUGAUGUUUUCGAAGAACUAUACUAUAAAUUUAAAAAUAAAAGGUACAUCGGGUUCUACAACUUUUUCCAGCCAGUUCUACUGAUUCGCGACCCAAAUCUCCUUAAACGCAUAUGUGUGAAGGACUACCACGCAUUUUCUGUACAUUCAGAAGCUAUACCAUUGAAUCUAGACGAGCAAUGGUCCAAAAACAUGUACGCCGAGACGAAUACACAGCGGUGGCAAAAGUUAAGAACAUCGAUGACGCCGUCUUUUACAAGUAAUAAACUGAAAAGCUCGUUUCCUGCAGUUGAACAAUUUGCCAUCGAGUUCGUUAAUUACCUGAGAGAGAGCAUUGAUAAAAACGUUACCGUGAAUAUGCUGGAGAUUAUCAGAAGAGUUUUAAGCGAUAUUACGGUUAACGCUUACUUUGGUGUUAAGUGUGACUCUUUAAGGGAGCCCAAAAAUAUAGUUCAUCUGAUGGUUCACGAAGCGAUGACGCUACCUUGUUUUCACGGUUUUACCCAUUUGUGUAGCAGAGUCUGCCCCAAAUUGUUACAGCUACUUGGCGUAAAAGUGUACAAGGCAAGUGUACAGAAUUUUUUUGCUGAGAUGAUGGAAAGGCGCUUACAGUUAGAAUUUGAGAAUGGGUUCAAACCUUACGAUAUCAUUACCGCUUUACCUGAAUUGCAAGGUGUCAAAUUUUCAAAUACGGAGAAGCUUAAUAGAAGUUUAAUUGACGACAUCACAGGCCAUGCAUUUCUACUGACAUUUGCGGGCUAUGAAACUACUGUGACCACUCUGAUGUCAUUACUUUAUGAGCUAACGGUCAACGAUGUUGUCCAAGAAAAUUUAUACAGAGAUAUCAUUCAAACUUUGGAUAAAUACAAUGGAAAUGUAUGUUACGAGUCAGUUAAGGCGAUGGAAUAUCUAGAGAGCGCAAUUGAGGGUAACAAUCUCAUUUUUUCUGGAAGAUUGAGAAUGCUUUCUUUGUCCUUUGCGUGCACCAUAUGGUUUAGUUUCUCCCGAAAAGGGUCUGUCGAAAUUGAAGUCCUGAGGCUACAUCCCCCUGCCCCAGUAAUUGAUCGGCUAGCAACGGUAAACUACGAAAUCAAAGCAGAACAUCCAAACGAGGAAGAUGUGGUAAUCGAAAAAGGUACGCCAAUUUGGAUUUUGGCAAAAGCGAUCCAAAACGAUGCCGAUUACUUUCCUGAUCCGAAAAAGUUUAACCCCGAUCGAUUUUUGAGCAAAAAUCGACAUACAGUCGCGCAAUACACAAACAUACCCAUUGGAGCAGGGCCUAGAUCUUGUCCUGGGUAUCGAUAUGGAAUACUGCAAGUGAAAGUGAUUAUCGUCAAUUUGUUGUUAAAUUUCAAACUUUUACCAACGGAGCAGACUUACGUGAGGAAAUCUAGCAAAACUUAUACCAUCCGUAAACAUGGUGUUUGGGUUCAUUUAAAGACCAGACUGAAAUAAAACGUAUAUUGAACAAUAAAUUAAAGCAUAUUCUACAUUUAAUGCAAUUUUGUGCUUGAUUCUUAAUUUUUUCAUUUAUUUUGUUUUCAUAUGUAGAAUUGAACUACUUAGUACCGUUCUUAGUCGAACGACAAAAUAGAUAAAUGUAUCCGAA